AUGGCUACCUCUACCGGUGCCGGCUGGGCACAACUGCGGCAGCAGGCCAGAUCUCUUGAGACUCAGACCGAAAACCUCUUUCACACCUACUCCCAAUAUGCCUCCAUGACGAAGCUGCCUCCACAGCCCUCGGAAGAAGAAACCCGCAAUGAGAACCAGAUCAACGACCUCCUAGAAAAGGUGAACAACCUACGACUAAUCAAUAUACCGGAAGCUAAUGUCGGUCGUUUUCAGCGCGAAUCCUUAAUCGCCCAACUCGCCCGCCUCCUCGACUCCGAAGCAACCCUCACCUCCUCAGCCCUCAAACAAAGCAACCUAGCCCGCCACCGCGAAAUCCUCACAGAACACAAACGCGAAUUAUCCCGCCUCACGUCCGCAAUCGCCGAGUCGCGAGACCGCGCAAACCUCCUUUCAAACGUCCGGUCCGACAUCAACGCCUACCGCUCCUCGAACCCCGCCGCCGCCGAAUCAGAGUACAUGCUGGAGGAGCGGCGUCGCAUUGAUGAGAGCCAUGGAGUGAUAGACGGGGUCCUGAGCCAGGCAUAUGCGAUUAAUGAGAACUUUGGGAUACAGCGCGAGACGAUAUCCAGCAUAAAUCGUCGUAUUGUGGGUGCUGCGAGUCAGGUACCCGGUGUGAAUGCUUUAAUCGGGAAAAUUGGGAAUAAGAGGAGGAGGGAUGCGCUUAUACUAGGAGCCUUUAUUGGCUUCUGUUUUCUGAUGCUGCUUUUCUUCCGAUGA